UUUUUUUUUGUUGAACCAGUCUAAAUUAGGUUGAGAUGAACAGACUUUUCUGGUGUCCAGUACAAAUUUAUUGAAUAUUUUUUGACAUUAUCUUAGCUUUUUGAUUUAUAAUCGAAAAUUAUUUUGGUGCACGUCCAUUCGCCGGCCCGCAGGAUCUAAUCUUUCAGUCAUGGCUAAAAUUCACGAUGCACUUAAGCCGAUUCAGUGGCUUAUUGGCAGCUGGGAAUCGAUCAGUGCAAAAGGGCACUUUCCUACAAUCAAAGAUUUUACCUACAAUGAAGUGCUAAAAUUCGAGUCUGUCGGUCAACCAAUUCUUAACUAUGAGGCUCGGUCGAGACACUCCGUCACCGGUGCUCCGAUGCAUUUGGAGAGCGGAUUUCUACGCAUCAAACCAGGCUCGAAUCAGCUAGCGUUUAUGGUUUCACACAACUUUGGACUUGCCGUUCUCGAGGAAGGAAUCGCCACUGCCGAUGGCCUAGAGCUGGAAUCUAAGUCCAUCAAUCGCAUGUCGUUUGCGAAAGAUCCUUCGGUGAAAUGCAUCAAAAAAGUGUACAAACUAAACGCAGACGGAACUCUGGAGAUUCGGACGGACAUGGAAACGAGCAACACUGCCUUUACAAAUCAUCUUGUUGCGGUUUAUAAGAAAACAGAAUAAAAUAUAUUUGGUACA